AUGUCAAGAAGGCAGGGUUUAUUAGCUGGCCAAAAAAAUAUAUUUAGCAAUUUAGCCAAUUCGAUUCAAGGAGCAAAAAUGCCUUUCAAGGACCCAGAGGUCGCAGUUGACAAGGCAACAUUUGCACUUAGCUGAUUUUGGUUCCCUGAGGCGCAGCUGGGCUGCGUCCCAGGGGUGAUACGCACCAGGGUUGGAUACACUGGAGGAAAGAAGAAAUUCCCCACGUAUCAUUCCCUAGGUGAUCACACAGAGACAGUGGAUUUAGAUUUUGACCCUAAAACAACAGAUUACGAGACGCUUUUGUGGAUGUUCUGGAAGAAUCAUGACAGCACUGCAUGUCUGAAUCGCCAGUACAUGUCAGCCAUAUUCUACCACACAGAGGAGCAGAAGAAGUUGGCAGAGAAGACCAAAGAUGAACACCAGAAGACUUUAAAGAGGAAAAUCCAAACCAAAAUUACGCCAGCAUUGACGUUUUACGAAGCAGAAGACUAUCAUCAGAAAUAUCUGCUACGUCAGAAGGGAGACCUGCUGCACAGUCUGAACCUAACCCCGAAGGAAGUGAUCUCUUCCCAUGUUGCAGCCCGGCUGAAUGGUUAUGCUGGUGGUCAUGGUUCCAAGGCUGGUUUUGAAGCCGAGCGCGAGACACUUGGUCUCAGUGACGACCAAGUUAACUAUGUCCGCAAACUUUUAGGCUAUGGCUCAAUGAACUAAACCAACACGCCGUAACAUUAAACAUUAUCUGAGGUUGCAGUUAAGAUUAUUUCAUGUGUUUGGUGAAUUGUUAUAAAAAAAAUCCUCUUUUGUAGAAGUAGUGGAAAAACUAUAGAACAAUAGCUGUUACUAGCAGCAGGGCAGGGGUGGUAAUUCCCAGGGGGGACAGACAUGAACCCCGGGAACCCCCCUGUUUGAAAAACUAAACAGUGUGCUGUUCCAAGUAAUUGCAGUUCCUAAUAUUGUGGUCUAAAGGCACAAUUUUUAACAUUUUAUUCCAAUACCCUACUCUUGACCCCAUCAAGGAUUACUCCUACCCUGACUGGAAACCAUAAGUAGCCCUUUGGUUGGACCCUUAUUGGACCCACCUGUGGUGCCGGACCCUGCAGAUACCUAGAGCAUUGUAUAAAUAAAACAGGGUAUCAGCAUUUUCAGAUUAUUGAAUAAUAUUCUUAGAUCAGGUUUAAAGAGUUGUAGAUAAUCAUAAUGUAUAAAUCAGGGGUGGCGUUGUAUCUAUGAUAUUUUUGUACUGCCUAUAAUAGAUCAAUGAUUCUAGUACUUUAGUAGCUUCAGGGAAAUGUGCAGUGACCAUCAGUGGCGUAACAACAAGUCACACGGCCCGUGGGCGAGAAACCAUUGGGGGGGCCAUGUUUUUGAAGGGCCCCUUCACAAUUGAAUAUCAAGCAGUAUUGUAGCGUAUACAUUACUAUAAUUUAAUUCAAAUUCUCUGUGAAUUCUAGCGGAGAACCAGUGCUGAGAGAACCCUUUACUGUACUUCAAUAUGUGGCUGUGGAACGUUUUGGGUCGAGAAUUGAUGUGUAUAAAAGAAGUGUUGUCAUGCGAGUCCACUUAGGAUAUUCGAGAGUCAAAAUCGUGGUAUUAAAUUGUUGUGCCUUCCACUGUACCAUAAUGUCAAAGCUGUGUUAGGAGAAGCUGUUUAUAAAAAGGAGAGCCCUCCAGGGACCCUUUAGGCUGGGGGUCCUGUGGCUUUGACCCCCUAAAUCCGAUAGACAUUACGCCACUGAUGGCUUUGUAGGAUAUUUUUGUACCGCCUUUUAAUAGAUCAACAAUUCUAGUAACUCUAUUAUCUCUAUUAUCUUAUGGGAAAUGUGCAGUGACUCUUAUUAAUUUUUAAUAUUACAGUACAUAAAUAUGUUGAAUUGUGUGCAUUAAAUUACAAGUUGUUUUACUUUGUGUACCCUUUGUAAAUGAAGUCUUCUAGUUAACUCAACUUUGUUGAAGCUAGUUGAUUGAUGCUCUACCUUAGGGUAUGCUAAAGAUACAACAUGUAAUCUAAUUCAGAAAAUUCAAAUAAUAAUGCAUUAAAUAAAUUUGAAGAAAAUUAAAA